UGCACGAACGGAUUACGUUCUGACGAAUCAAAGAGGAAAAGCCUAUAAUGGUCAUGUUAUUUUUUAUUAUUUCCGUAUAUAUUUUCUCUUAUAUAGUCGGAGAGUGAAGUACACUGACCCGCACCUGAGAAGAAUUUAGCACACAUGACACCUUUUCUUUGAUAAUGGCUACAUUACGGUACGCCUAUGGUGCCAAAUAGAUGCCUAUUCAUAAACACUUCCUUCGGUAUGUUUACUAAUAUGACUACUGCAUGCAUCGCUUAGCACUUUUGGUCGUCUCCAUAAAACUCCAUUCCGAAGAAACAGUAUUCCGAGGCUGAACGACAGUAACCCCAAACGAAGACCAAGCGUGCGGCACAGAUGGAGGAACUGAUGGACCAGUGGCUAUGGCGGCAGGAGUAUUGGUUACCCCAUGGUGUCACCUGGAAGGACAUAGAAAUGAGUGAGGGCUCCCACCAGCCUCUGCCCCGAGACCUUCUCGUCACUCUGCCUCUGGCCCUGGGAUUCGUUGCCCUGCGUUACGUCUUUGAGAGGGUAGUGGCACUCCCCCUGAGCAGACUGAUGGGUGUACGGGAUCGGAUUCGGGUUCGGGCUGCUCCUGUUCCAAAGCUGGAAGCCUUCUACUCCCAGCACAGCCCCCAGCCAUCCCAAAGCGAGAUCCUUAUCCUGGCCAAGCAGUGCAACUUCACUCAGAGACAGAUCGAGACUUGGUUCCGCCACCGGAGGGACCAGGACAGGCCUCGGAGUACCAAGAAGUUCUGCGAGGCCUGUUGGAGGUUUGUUUUCUACCUUAUUGCAUUCUUGGCUGGUCUUGCAUCUCUGAUUAAUAAACCCUGGUUCUGGGAUCAAAGAGAGUGCUGGCAUGGAUACCCCCAACAACCCAUGUCUCGGUCUCACUACUGGUAUUACAUUACCGAACUGGGCUUCUACUGGUCCCUGUUGUUGUGCGUUUCCGUGGAUGUCAAGCGGAAAGAUUUUAAAGAGCAGAUCAUUCAUCACAUUGCCACUAUUUUCCUGAUCGGAUUCUCUUACUGCGCCAACUAUGUGCGUAUAGGAACUCUUGUGAUGCUGAUCCAUGACUCCUCAGAUUUCCUGCUGGAGUCUGCCAAGAUGUUCAACUAUGCUGGCUGGAGAAAGACCUGUGAUUCCUUGUUCAUCGUUUUUGCGGUGGUCUUCCUGGUCACCCGUCUGGUGGUGUUUCCAAGCAAAAUAAUCCACACAACCCUUGUCUUGACUCUGGAAGUGUUUGAACCCUUCUGUGGGUAUUACAUCUUCAAUACCUUUCUACUGGUGCUCCAGGCACUGCAUAUCUUCUGGGCCUGGCUGAUCCUUCGCAUGGUCUACAAAUUUGUCUUCUUGGGCAAGGUGGAACGCGAUGAACGCAGUGAUGAGGAAAGUGAAGUUGAUGAUGAGGAAGAAGAGGAAGCAGGAAAGGAGGAAGAAGAAGAGGGGUGUAGCUGGGAGCAGAGGAAAGGUGCCCUGAACUCCAAAUUGACUGCAUUGGCCAACAACUGUGUCCUCAACAACUUAACAAAACAGAGGAGCAAUACAAUCAGCAGAAUGCCUAAAGCCAGAUAGUAUUUUGCCCACUCCAGGUGAGGUCAGACUUCGAAAGAGGUAGCAUCUUAGUUCUUUCUCCUGUAUACAGGUGAUAUAUGAGCCAAACAUAUGCUUAUAUAUCACAUAUAUGAGGUGGUCCAUUCAUACUUUCAGAUUUUGAAUUUAUAAAUGCUGAUGGAAAUUGAAAAAUUUUCAGAGAAUGAUUUGGCCCAAGAGCACAGUCAUGUUUGUUUUCUUGCCUCUAUCAACAUUCGCAACAUGUCUUGGUGAUGAUACCUGUUUUGUGUGAGUAUUUUUCUCUGCAUUUUAUAUUUUAUCUCUACACCGUGUUUUAACAGGAGAUGUGCUGAAAAGAUAUACUGUGUAAAAAAAACUGAAAGACAGAAGCAGUGAAUACGCCAGGGAGUUGACAUCUGUGCUUUUGUCAAGGUGCAGCAUAUCCCUGCUGUGAUUUAUUUGAAAUGACUGAAAGGGGAUUGUGUGUUCCAUGGCGUGAUUCAAGGCAAAACAAGACAAAAUACUGCGCAAACCAAGAAUUCCUUAGUUGGCGUAUUAGUAUCAUCUCUUUACUUUUCAGCAUUUGUC